AUGGCGCCGCCAACGUCUCUACCUUCACAACGUACACGCUCAGAAACAGCCAAACAAAAGGCUGACUCACAAAGUGACAGUUUCGCUAAGAGUUCUUUUCGUGAAAAUAAUACCACUGCUCAGGCAAAAGAUUCUCCCUUAGUCAACGUUAAUAAAACUCUGGAGCCUAAAGAGGCUUUUAACAAGCGUACUGAAAGAAAGAAGAAACAACAACAAAUAAGGUUCACAACACAACCUGGACAUAUUGGAGACGCUUCUUCUUCUCCAGUCUUCUUGGUAUCUUCGCCUGGAAUGGAUAAUAACAAUAUGGGCCAAUCAGUUUCUAUGCCUCCGGUCAAUCCAGAUGAUGUAAACAAACAAACAAAUGAUCAGCCAAUCGAUGAUCAUGUUAGCCCUGAUCAAAACAAUGCUGAAAAGAGUGACCAUAUGAUGCAUGAUCAACAACCAGAUUUACCUGAUAUAGAAAUGAUUGUGGAUGAUCCAAAUGAUGUCACGCAAGUUACUACACAAAAAAUUAUAAAGAAUCCGCUUAAUGAUACAACUUCAGCUCAAACAGAAGAUACAAGUGCGUUUAAGAAAAUUGUAGGAAUUUCCUUACAAGCAAUCCUUAUUACGCAAGAAACAUUUACAACCUUAAAAGAGAUUCCAUAUACUUGCGAUGAAAUAGAAUAUCAUUUUGAAGAAGUCAUUACACGAAGAAAUAGAAUCAAACAGAAUAAUCAACAAUCACGUGAUCGUGUUAUACAAAUUUUUAAUGCCUCGCUUCAGAUCACUACGGCUAUUGUUAAGCCCUUCAUGAGGAAAUAUGGCGAGUUGAUUGAAGAUGAAUGCUAUUCUAGAAGGCCACAUGUACAUGUCCCUAAUAAACAAGUAAUAUAUAUUACUUAUAAAAAUGCUGAUAGUGUUAACCGUUUUUAUGAUAAUAAUUCAUUAUGGAUAUAUGGUGAAAUGCUUUAUGUUACACCAUUCCUGAUGAAUAAUGAUAUUAGAGAAAAUUUACGAAAGUUCUGUAAAAAACUCAACGGGAUACCAUCGAAUGCUCAAGCAAUUGAAUUCAAAGAGUUUAUUGACACAUCAGAUGUAGUAGAAUUCUAUAUACCACGUAAUACAUAUACAAACGAAACACAGAAAUAUGCUUAUGUAUAUUUUAGAAGCCGAGAAGUUAUGGAAGCAGCAAUGGAUAAACUUCUAAUUAUCAGAGAAAAACAAACAGAGUGGUCUGAUCCUAACGUACAAUCAUGCUUCCGUUGUGGAUAUACAGGCCAUUAUAUCAGAGAUUGUGAUUAUAUAUCACCACACAGACGACCAAUGAGAAAGAAUGAUUACUUCCGUCAAAUCAGAGAAAUUAAACGAAGUCAUCUUAACCAAAGUAAUACUAACUCUCAACAAAUUCCUUCAACAUACGCCCAAGCUGCGGCAAGAGGAACAAGAAGGAAUAAUCAGAAUAAUCAACAACAACAACAAUAUGAUGAAGAAUCGUCACAAAUGAAUUAUCGUAACAAAUACCCUAAUAGAUAUUGGAAUAAGAGAAAUAUUAAUCAGAAUUAUGAAACGGAAAAUUAUAUAGAUUCUUUUGAAGAAGAAGAUGAAAAUUAUAAUAUGGAAGAAUCUUCAAUGUAUGAUUGGGAUGAGCCUCCUAAAAAUCAGACGUAA